AGAGGGUUUUAGAAUGUUUCUAUGGAAACGGCGGCGGCGCGUUCGCAGAUUCCUCGGUGAGAGUGAGACCUCCCGCUGUGUGCGCGUCACUAGACGAUCUCUGUCUGGACGUGAGCCGUCGUGUGUCGGCGCAGCGGAGACAGAACCGGAGCACCGGAGAACCGCAGCGGCAGCAGGAUGGGCAAAAAGCAGAAGAAGUCCGGGGACGACAGCGCCAAAGACGACGGCGUGGACAUCGACGCUCUGGCCGCCGAAAUCGAGGGAGCGGGAGCCUCCAAAGAGCCCAAAGGGAAGAAGAAGAAGAAGGGAGUGAAGAAGGACGAGUUUGAUGAGGACGAAAUCCUGAAGGAGCUGGAGGAGUUGUCUCUGGAGACUCAGGGAGGGAAAGCAAAGGCUGCAGCGCCUCCUGCAGCGCCUCCUGCAGCGCCUCCUUCCAACUCGGACGAAGACAGCGUCUCGCGCUCUCGCCUCAAGGCCAAAGAGGGCAAAAAGGGCGGCAAACAAGCAUCGGGGUCAGACGGCGAAGAGGACAGAGACGAAGACGAGGGCCCGAAGAAGAAAGGAGGAGCAGGGAAGGAGAAGGAGGAGGAUGAGGAGGAGGGGUCCGAGGUGGAAGAGAGGGAGGCGGCUUUCGGCCGAGACCGGAAGAAGAAGAACAAAGGCAAAGCCGUGAAGAUGGAGAGCGAAGAAGAGGAGGAGCAGGAUGGAGAAGAUGGCGCCGGAGGCUUCAAGAUGAAGACGGCGGCGCAGAAAAAGGCGGAGAAGAAGGAGAGGGACCGCAAGAAGAAGGAGGAGGAGAGGAUGAAGCAGAAGAAGCUGAAGGAGAAGGAGAAGGAGAAGGAGGGCAGCGUGGAGCCGGAGAAGAAGAAGACGACGGCCGAGGUCCCGCCCACUCAGGAAGAUCCACCAAUGGCAGCGGCCGAGGAUCAGGAAGGGGCGGAGCCAGAAGAGGAGAUGGACGGCGACAAAAAGAAGAAGGACAAGAAGAAGAAGAAGGGCGAGAAGGAGAAGGAGGAGAAGAAGAAGGGGCCCAGCAAGGCCACGGUGAAGGCCAUGCAGGAGGCUCUGGCCAAGAUGAAGGAGGAGGAGGAGCAGGCCAAGAGGGAGGAGGAGGAGCGUCUGAGGAGGCUGGAGGAGAUGGAGAAACAGAGGGAGGAGCAGGAGCGUCUGGAGCUGGAGCGGAAGGAGAAGAAGAAGCAGAAGGAGAAGGAGAGGAAGGAGCGCCUGAAGAAGGAGGGCAAGCUGCUGACCAAGGCCCAGAAGGAGGCGCGAGCUCGGGCCGAGGCCACGCUCAAACUGCUGCAGGCUCAGGGUGUGGAGGUGCCGUCCAGAGACUCGCUGCCGAAGAAGAAGCCGGUUUACGGAGACAAGAGGAAGAAGAAGCAGCCCAACGCUCCGACACCCGAAGAAACGUCAGAGGUGAUGUCACCCACGCCGGAGACGCCAGAGCCUGUCGCCAUGGUGACAGAGGCGGUGACGCCGGCUGCGGUACCCG